AUGGAUAACGUGUUGUCCAUCAUUCUCGGCGGCGGCGCGGGGACGCGAUUGUACCCGUUGACGAAGAAGCGGGCGAAGCCGGCGGUGCCGUUGGGGGCGAACUACCGCUUGAUCGAUAUCCCGGUGUCGAACUGUAUCAACUCUGACAUCAACAAGGUGUACUGCUUGACGCAGUUUAACAGCGCAUCUUUGAACAGACACUUGUCCCAGGCGUACAACACGAACAUCGGGACGUACACGCGUCAGGGAUUCGUCGAAGUGCUCGCGGCUCAACAGAGCCCGAUCAACAAGGCGUGGUUCCAAGGUACCGCGGAUGCUGUUCGUCAAUACUUGUGGUUGUUUGCCGAGAGCGGGUGCGAGGAAUACUUGAUUCUUUCGGGCGAUCACUUGUACCGCAUGGAUUACCGUCCGUUUAUUCGCGACCACCGCGCGAAGAACGCCGACAUCACCGUCGCCGCUUUGCCGACGGAUGAGAAGCGAGCCAGCUCUUUCGGCUUGAUGAAGAUUAACGAACACGCCACCAUCAUCGAGUUCUCCGAAAAGCCCAAGGGUGACGCUCUCAAGGCGAUGCAAUGCGACACCACCAUCUUAGGCUUGGACGCGGAACGCGCCAAGGAAAUGCCGUACAUUGCCUCGAUGGGUAUCUACGUGUUCAACGCCAAGGCUAUGGAGCAGGUGCUUCAAGAUGAUUUCCCGGAAGCGAACGAUUUCGGUGGUGAAAUCAUCCCGAUGGCGGCUCAGAAGGGCAUGAAGGUGGUCGCUCACUUGUACGACGGAUACUGGGAGGACAUCGGUACCGUCGAUGCGUUUUUCCACGCCAACUUGGAGUGCAACGACCCGAACCCGAAGUUCAGUUUCUACGAUCGCAACGCGCCGAUCUACACCCAGUCUCGCUUCUUGCCGCCGAGCAAGGUGCAAGAUUGCGAAAUCGAGCGCUCCACGAUCGGCGACGGCUGCACCAUCAAGCAAGCCAAGCUCAAAAACGUCAUGGUUGGUUUGAGAUCGACGGUCAACGAAGGGUGUGAUUUGGAGGACACACUCGUCAUGGGUGCUGAUUACUACGAGAGCCUCGAAGAAUGCGACCCGGCUAGCCUUCCGGGCUGCACGCCGAUCGGUAUUGGCGCCGGCACGAAGAUUCGCAAAGCCAUCAUCGACAAGAACGCGCGCAUUGGUGAAAACUGCCAAAUCCUCAAUGAGGCUGGCGUCAUGGAUAAGGAUUGCGAAAGCGAAGGUUACAUCAUCCGCGAUGGCAUCAUUGUCGUCAUCAAGGAUGCCGUGAUCAAGGCUGGCACUGUCAUCUGA